CAAUUUUGUGCGUUUGCCGCUGACGAGGAAGAUCUUGCAACCGCGGCAACGAUUCUUUGUCCUUGCUGCGAAAAUUAUUUGUCACGCCAUUGAUUGAGGCGCGGUGCUAUUUACCGUGUCAAAAUGCCCAGAGGUCGAGGAGGUGGUGGUGGAGGUCGUAAAGGUGGUCGACGUCAGUUCACCAACUUUGAGGCAGAAAGUGAGAAGAAAGAAAGAGAAGAGAAGGAAGCUAGAUGGAGAGCCCAAAGAGGUGAAGCAGACUCUGAUGAAGAAUCUGGUUCUGGGGAGAGUGGUAGUGAAUCAGAAGAGUCGUCUGAAGAAGAAGGAGAAGCCAAGGCCCCUAAACCAAAGGGUGUAUCUGGACUAAUUGAGCAGCGCAACCCUAACAGAACUGGUGUGAAGGAGAACCGAAAAGUGACUGACUUGCCUGAAGGUGGAGUCAAGGUCGAGCUCUCCAGGCGGGAAAGGGAGGAGAUAAAGAAGCAGCAGUACGUCAAGCUGCAGGAGGAGUGCAAGACCGACCAAGCUCGUGCUGACCUGGAAAGACUGGCAAUCAUCCGUGCACGCAGGGCUGAGGCUGAGGCCAAGCGCAAGGAGGAAAUGGAAGCCAAGGAAGCCGCCAACGUUGCCAAGAAGGAAACUCUACCCAAAGUUGGCCCAAAGAAGAAGAGUUGAUGAAAAGAGCACCUGGCCACUCGUUCUUUUUUGUUUUUGCUGCCCUUAUCUAAACACGGUUAAUGUCAAAUUAAUGUUGAAACGAAGCCUUUUUAAGUUAUACGGUAGCUGUAGGAAUACCUGCCAGCUAUCUCGCAUGGGCAUCUUUUACUUUUAAACGAGUGACUCGCGCAAGAUUUCUGAGAACAAUCCAAUCUUACGAUUAUUAGGUGAAUUUAUCAUUAUUAUUAUUUGAAUUAGUUGAAUGGACGAUACUGAAAAUUUUUGGGACAUGCUAGUCAUGCUUCGAACUAAACUAAAUAUUUUUAUUGGGAUUAUGGAUUAUCAGUCUUAAAGUAAAAUCUUCUGACUUUGAUCUUGCAUUGCAAAAAAAAAAAAUUCGUUUCACUUUGUAACAUCGUAAUUAAGUUAAUCGUGAAAUCCUGAUUUGCUCUAUCUUUCAAAAAAUUCCUUGAGUUAGCUUCACUCGCUCCUGCUCUAUGAUGUUAUAGGCCAUUAAAUGUUACCCUGUAAGCAUGCGCGCGCCGAAUCAAUCUAGGUGAAACUUCGCCAAGUGCGCGGCGUCUCUUCGUUAAACGAGAACUAGCGGUGCCACUGCGAUGUCGACUGAUCAUUUUUCUAGAAUGAAUGUUGAGAUGCGCGUCCUUUCAAGUCUAAUAACUACCUUCAA